GUUUUCAGUUUGUCUAACUUUCUGAAGUUGUUAUAAAGCCGGUGACUUUUCUCCUUGUACAAAGCAAUAACCCGAGGCAAUGUGACAACGCUGUGAUUUUGUUUGAAAGUAUAUAGGGACGUGGGAUUUCUAUACGAAAUCGUCAUGAUUCAUGAUGGACAGGUGGUCUUGUGCACAGUUGGAUGCCCUGAACUAUGUCACUGUCUAUUGCAAACCAAGAGGCAAAACGGAUUGGCUGGCACCUCGUUGCUUGAAUGGACUGUCUAGUGAAAAUGAAAGGGCGAAUUCUCACAAAAAAAUGAUUUCAGUCAAGGGAAACCCGAAUGAGCAUAGCUGGAUAAGAAGGAGCGAAGCAUAAUCCAACCGCUAGUACCAUGAGUUCAGCUGCUGCACUACACGUGAUCCCACCGGAGGGCUUGUUGAGAUUCCGAUAUUAUUACUUCGUCAGACACUUCGGGAAGGACGUCACGUACCUUGUUUACAAGUACUGUUUCCUCCAUGGAGAUCCCAGGACGAUACGUCAGAUACUGGAGGACAACGGAGUUGUUAUUGGGAAGAAGGGUCCCUUUAACAACCAAGAAAUCACUAACCUGACGACCCACCCGCCAGAACACUUGGAUAUCACGCUUCUCAACAAGAUUUGUCAAGCUCUUUGGCAUAAGAUGGUGAAUUAUCCAGGUGACAAACUUCGAGAUCUGAUCAGGAAAAUCAAAGACGAGAGGAAUAAUGUCAGCCAUGAAGAAACUGGUAUCACACAGAGUGAACUUGAAAACAAGCUCCUAGCUUUUGGCACCACGCUCGAGGAAGCUAUCGAUGAAGCAGUAGCAAUCUAUCCAAGUCACAGGACUGAAUUUGAUCAGCUGAAGCUCGAGGUUCAAGAUGCCAUACCCAAAAUUCAGGAGAAGAUCCGAGAAAAAUAUGAUGCUUCCAAUCCUGAUCAUGUGGAGAAGUUGAAAGCAGAAAUGGAAGAAUUUGCAGAUCAGUUACACGAUUACGUACAGGAGAAAUCUCGAGAGGAACUGAUCUCACUUUACAAGGUCUUCUGUAGGAUUUUACCUUUCGACUGGCUGACCCAAGUAUGGUGUGACUGAUCCCUGUGAGAUCGUGGUGUCUUUGGGUAUGGACGCCGAUGAGGAGUUCCAUCCUGGCCUCUCAAAGCGAGACCCUCUUGUCAUCACUCAGGAAGAAGUAUUGGGUGCGAAAAAUCCAAGCGGCCAGGACCCGAAAGUAGUUGUAAUAGCAGGUGGCGCCGGUUCAGGCAAGACGACGAUGAUGUGUUCCAUCGUAGAAAAGUGGUGGAAGAACACGGCUGACAUCACGAAUCUCGCCUCUUUCGAGGUGUUGCUCUACAUGGAGUUCAGGAAGGAUGACUAUGACAACUUCGAAUCUUACAUUCGAAACCUCUUGCAACGCACUGUGCUAGAUCUUAAUUACGACUUGGUCAAGUCUGCUAUACUUCACUCCAAGUGCUUGAUUUUAUGUGAUGGGUUCGACGAGGCUAAUAAGAAAUCGAUGAAGCUUUUUGAAGAGAUUUUAAGACUCAACUGCAAGGAUAUGAAGAUUCUGGUGACGACGCGUCCGAUGAACACCCUAGAACUUACGAGCGUUGUGAACAAGUCAAAACACCACAGAAUUAACCUAAGAAUGAUGGGUAUCGGCGAAGAGGUGAUGGAAUCGCACAUUAAGACACUUGUAGCCCACUUGUGGAAGAAGGACCAAGUACAGAAGGACGAAAUAACCAAUGAGAUGACGAAAUUCUUUAAGACAAUGAAUACUAGCAUGAAUCGCAUACUGAGGAAUCCCCUUUGGUUCAACUCUUUGUGUUACUGUACAUAGAGUGUCCUGCAUUAAGAGGAAAAAUCCAUACAGUUUCAUCGCUGUACAUUCAGCUGAAAAAGCACAACAAGAAAAGAUUAACAGAAAAAUGUGGGUUUACAGAGGACGACAUUGAAGAAUUUGAACCCUUGUACAAGAAAUGGUCUUUUUUAUAUUACCUUCAGCAGAAGUAUGAGCUGUCCCAGAGUGAUACCAGAAUCUUCAAAGCAAAGCUCAAGGAACUGGAUUUGGACUUCAACACCGUCAUGUCUUCUUAUUUCAAUAUAAAACACGCUACGAAAGACCUCGAGGUUGUGAAGGUCUUCUGCUACAGGCAUCGGAGCGAGCAGGAGUUCAUAGCAGCCGGCGUCAUUUGUGACGAACUGAUAAGAUUGUACGAGGAUGAGUGCGACAAGUUUGACGAUCUGGUAAAAAGCAGUGAGAAUAUCAUCACUUAUGCUGCCUCCUCUGCGCCAUGUGUGAAUGAAGGGAAGAAACAGGCGAUCGAAUAUAAAAACUUGGAUGGACUACUGCCAUUCAUAUCUGGAAUCCUCUACGAUUCAGAGAGAGACAUUCUGUACUCGGUUAUUGAAGAUAUUGUCGAUCUACACUGGAAAAUCAGAGGGAAAAAGUCCUUAUCAAACGUUCGAGACACAGAUUCCUUCAUUAAGUACUUUACUGAAACGGGAAAUGAUGCUAAUGUCAUCAAAAGUGUUGUGAGAAGAUUACAAGACACCUAUGGUGGACAGAUAGGGACACUCAAUGUUAUGGAAAGUGAGUCCCUCAUGUCCUUGCCUUUGUUGCUGUCCGAGAUAACACUGAAGAAACUUUCAUUCGCCUUCUAUGCUAACCCAGAUGACUUUUCUCACUUGAUUCCCACUUUAACGGCAGCCAGCCAGUGCCGCGUUGCAGUUAUCCUCAGAUUUAUAAAUCAGUGGCUUUAUGGAGAAGACGGGAAUGCUGACAGUUAUCUAGCUAAAGCCGAAACCUGCAUGAAGUUUGAAGGAAGACUCACAGAACAUGGGAUAAGAGGAUUACCCAAGUGCCUGGGUAUUCUUCAUCUACGCACGGAUCUGGAUGCCUUGAGGGAACUGUCAGUUCACAUUCAAGAGCUGAGCCAGCUGAGAAUUCUGGAACUUAAAAUACACGACGACGGUUCCUACGACCCGGGAAGCAGCCUUACUCCGAUCGACUUCACGGGUGGGGAGUUCACCGUUGAAUUCUCCACUAGCCUCGAUGUGACGGUCGGCGCCAACAUGGAACGGAUGGCCAGGAUACUGAACGCGUUCUGGCCGCCGAAUCGAAAAUCUAGCGAGGACGAAAUCACUUUUCUGCACCUGUUGCCGCCGUCACCGACGACAUUCACGGAGGAUGGCGUGAAGCUGCUUGCAACGAACCUCACCAUCCAGCCUUUAUCACUAUUCAAAAUAUUUGACGUAGAGGAAGAAGCCUUCGAAAAGGAAGAGGAAUACAGCCAACUCUUCAAGGACAAAGGUUUUGGGAUCUUCCAAUUCUCAAAAGUUAACUGGGGGUGAUGACAAAAUUCCAUGUAGGAGUUUCUGGUGGCCCACUGUUGCCAAUUGCUAUGUGUUUUACCCUCCAAACUGUCGAUAAGACUUACGGAAAACCGUGGAAAUCAGUGAAUUUAGCCUAUCUAUUUGUAAUAUAUUAAUAUCAGAGCAAUUCUAUCAUUAUUGUAUUACUAUGACAGCUACAAUCAUGGAAACAAUUUGUAAAGGCAUCAUCGGCGUGUGUGUCAAGCUCAAAUAAAUUGGGAACGAUG